UUGUUUUUACUAGGUUUCCGGCGGACUUCGCUAACAGUGCACCGGAAUAAUUGUGAGUGGUUGAGGAGACGCGGCUGUGGACUAGCAGUCGGUGCCCAAAGACGUCUCGGUAUUGUCGGGUAGUGAGGAGAGCGGAGACCAUGGCUUCUACCGACUUCCGGACUGAUGUGGACCUUGCAUGUAGGGCUGCUGAAGAGUUUGUAAGUCUGUAUUAUGAAACCAUCGACAAGAGGAGAAGGCAACUCACAAAACUGUACAUGGAUACUGCGACUUUGGUUUGGAAUGGCAACCCAAUUUCUGGACAGAAUGCUCUUAUAGAAUUUUUUGAAAUGUUACCGUCAAGCGAAUUUUCAGUGAAUAUGUUUGACUGUCAGCCAGUGCACGAACAGGCCACUCAAGGGCAGAAGACUGUGUUGGUGGUUGCACAUGGAUCUGUGAAAUUUGAAGGGAAUAAACAUCACUAUUUCAAUCAGAUUUUCCUCCUGACACUGCACACAACACCAACUAACAGCGUGUGGAAGAUUGCAAGCGACUGCUUUCGCUUUCAGGAUUGUGCCAGCUCAUAGAUUCAUGCAGUACGACUAGGAGCAUCGGAACUGGACCUGAUUCAUGAGGAGGGCAUAGUCAGCUGGAAAGAAGACAGAAAUGGGGGGGAUCUUUUUCUUUCUACUUUGAAAACUGAAAGUUUAGCCUUUUAUGGCUAAAUGUGCCCAACAUUAUUUGACUGUAUUUUUUAUAUUCCCCAUUGUUACUGUUUGUCCAUAGUGUGAAUAUUUGUUUUCUUUACGAAUCCAAGACUGUCUAAAAUUUUGUAACAAUGAAUAUAUUUCCUUACUAAUGUAGUAAUUCUAAAGUCUUUAGAAAGGAAGCUAUAAAUGAAGAUGCUGGACAGGGCCAACAAUUUCUACUAUACAUGUGACUUUUCCGUCUUAAUUUAUGUCUAGAGAGAGGGAGGAAGGCGCCUCAUGUGCGGGAUCAGCAGAUCUUGUUAGUGGGGGUGGGGGACGGUAAUUCCCAAACCGCUUACCAAAGUUGGUUGUGCUCCCACACACAACAAGGUAAAGUGCAGAAGAAAUGUAAAAGAAGGUCCACUGCAGCCCUCCUGGGUAAAAGUAAAAUCAAAACCGAAUGACCAUGGAUUCAGGAGUUUGUCUGGCGCAGAGAGGAACCAUCAGGAAGCCAAG